GUAUAAAAUGGGUGGUCACGCCAAUCUCGUAUUAACCUCACUUUUGUUGCUUCCGCUGCUUGUAAGCUGUCUCAGAUGUUAUACUGGAGUGGAAGGUGCAGGAAACGUGACCGACGUAAUAGUAGACAACCCGGCAACGCAUAUGUGUGUGUACAUAGUUCGCGGUGCAUGUGAUUUCUCGGAUAAAGCUCCACCAAUUUACACAGUCUACGUUACUGAUCACGUGUAUUCAAAGAUUUGCUAUUACGAAAAUGGCAUUGCUUUUUGCUCAUGCAGUACUGAGCUGUGCAAUGGGGAUAUUGAAUUGAUGCGGAAAUUAUGGGACAAAACAAUAAUCACCGACGAAAAAGUACAUGAAUGCAUAUCAGAGUAUCUCAAGACAAGAGAAUCAUUACCUCUUCCAAAGGAAGAAAAAGAGAACGAAUCAGAAGGUAGUACAAGCACUGCUUCUAGCGAAGUGGAGCCAGCUCUUCAAAAAGGUGGAUCUCAGAUAAGACCAGAGAGUGACGAUGAAGAAACAGAAAGUGAUGCCGAUUUCAUCAUCUUCGUGAUCCUUGUGGUUGUGGCAGUGGUCUUGCUCAUUUCUAUAUUGCCAGCCGUCAUCUGCUGUAUGGCAUUGAGAUCAAAGAAGAAGCAAAGAAGAUCAGAGUAUGCGAGCUUAAAAACCAGAUCGAGCAAGUCGACCAAUAGAACGGGUGGCGGUAGAACUGGAAAAAGCAACAAAAGCACAUUAAGCACAACUAGUGCUAACUCUCUAAACACUGGAAGGAGCAGUACGAAAAAAUCAAAAAACACGAAGAGUGCGGCAACCGGACCAACUGGCAGAAGAAGACUUGCUUCCGCAAAAAGAGGUGGAGAAUUGAAAAACAAGAGAAGAUAAGCGAGAAACAAUGUACAUUGUGCAAAACGCUAAUUCUAAUAGCUGCAUAAAGC